AUGGCGGAGGCUGCCGCGACACCACGACACCGGUUUUUCUGUCAUUGCUGUAAAGGUGAAACUGAGCCUAAGUUACCGGAAUAUGUAUGUCCCAGAUGUGAAUCUGGCUUCAUUGAAGAAGUUGCAGAGAACUCCAGUCUUCUACAGAGUGGUGACUUAACUGGUGAUACAGCUGUAGCCAGCGAUGACAUGGCCUCACAGUUUGCAGAGCUGUGGCAGCUGCUCUUCAUGGAACAUUCAGCCCUCCUGUCCGAGUCCGACCCCACUGUAACAGACGUGCUCCGCAGCCGCUCUGGUGUGGAAGCAGCAGUUGGUGAUCCUGCCUCUGGGACAGUGGGACCUGCUGCUUCCGUGGAGACAGUUUCAGAGUGCACCGAGCCUGUACACCUCCCUCAACAAUACAACCAGCAGCAACCCUCUAGACUGGAUCAGGGACAGGCUGUGGAGGGGAUUGUUCAGCAGUUCCUGGCUGGUCUGUUUUCCAAUUCUGACAGUACAGGAUCCCAAACAUCCUCAUGGUCUAGCGUUUUACACUCUAACCCCGGAGACUAUGCUUGGGGACAUGGAGGUUUAGAUGUGGUCGUUACACAGCUGCUUGGUCAAUCUGAAAAUACUGGUCCCCCUCCUGCUGAGAAAGAGAUGAUCUCAUCUCUCCCUACCGUUAGCAUCUCGCCAGAACAGGCUGCAUUCCGACUGGAAUGCCCUGUGUGUAGAGAGGAGUAUUCUUUAGGGGAAUCUGUCCGACAGCUGCCCUGUCUGCACUGUUUUCACAGCAACUGCAUUGUGCCCUGGCUUCAACUGCACGACACCUGUCCUGUCUGUCGGAAAAGUUUGAAUGGGGAAGACUAUAGUUUCCAGUCACAGACAACACCUCCGGAGCCAAUCCCAUCACCAUCGACUGUAGAAGACCAUAGCACCUUAGAGACUCUUUAGCCACCUUUUAUUCAACUGAUUAAUUCAGGACUGACACAGAGAAGCAAAGUCAAAAUCAAGCAAUGUGCAGAACCCCAAAAAAUGUCCUGCCGUGUGCUUUUUAUAGCUAAAUAUAUUUUAACUGAGAAAGACAAACUUCUUUGAUUCAAAUUAUAUUAUAUUCAUUAUGGAAUUUUGAGAAAGCUUUUUUGUGAUCAGCGUUUGUAUUUUUUUUUUAAAUGUUUGUGAAGUUGUUCCCAAUUGUGCUCUCAAUUAGAGAAUUCAUUCACUGAACUAUCCAACCUAAACCAAUGAACAACUACCAAAGCCAUCAGCCAACACAAGAUUAAUCAAUUUGGAUAUUUCCAGGUUGGAACAAACACAAUAUCUUAGGUGUACCCCCAGGACUGGAGCGGAGUUAGAUGAUACGGAGACAGUCUCAGAGGGUACAGUUCAAGUUGCAUAUGUAUAUUUUAUGAUGCACGUUUACCCUAUAGCUUCUUCAAGCUUUAAAUGUUUGAAUACCUCACAAAUAAGUGAGCACACAGUUCACAUGCACUUGUCAAUUCAUGAAAUCUGCUCCACAUGUCUUCACCCUUUUGAAGGCAUCACAUAGAGAAUUUUAACUAUAUCUGCUUGUAACCAAAAUAAAACACUCAAAAUGUUACAUUCGAUGCCCCCUUGGUUGGCAUCAAAGUUAACUGUGAAGAAUACUUCCCUAUUGAGAAAUGUAUGUGUAUGUAAAUGUUGUAUUGUUAAAUUGCUUUUUGUUUUGGUGUGUGGCUUCUUAUGGCUAUUGAGUAAAAUGCCCUUUUUGAUUCAAGAGGGAUUAGUUAAGUGUCUGUGUUUUAAUUUAAUAACAUGUUUAAACAUGACACUGUUUAUUUAAAUGUUUCGGAACUGUUUUGAUGUACAUUAGGAUAAUUUUGCCUUCAUUCUCAGGGUUGUUUGACUUUCUGCUCCAUAUUUUGAUACCAAGAUACAGUACCACUUACAAGACUGGACUGAGUGGUAUUUGGAAUUUUAUACCAUACAGCUACUUAAAAAAAAAGUAUGCUUCCAAGAAAAAACAAAGUUGCAACUAAUAUCUAGAAAAAGGCAUUUCACCCAUAAAAUAAACCAACUUAUCAAGUUUGUACUCACAAAGCAAA